AUGACUGAAAAAACAAAAAAACGCAAGAGAACAACAAAUCCACAAUCUAACCAAACUGUAUGUAAAAGAGGUGCAAUAGACGCAAAUUGGCAAAAAUUACUAUCAAGCACGUUAAUGGAUGAUAAGAAAGAGAAAAUUGAGGAAAAUAAAGAUAAUUAUACAGGUACCUUUCGUCGAGCUCGCAAGAAAAACAAAGAUAUAAUAAACAACGUUAACUUUAAUAAUUUAAAUAUUAAUAAUAAAGAACCAAGUGGGGAUGAAUGUAGUAAAAAGGUAGAAAGUACAGUGAAAGAAAUUAAGAAGAAUAAAUUAACUAAAUUUGUAGCAAUGGACUGUGAGAUGGUAGGAGUUGGCUAUGAUGGCAAUGAUCACAUGCUAGCUCGUGUGUCCAUAGUAAAUAAGUUCGGAGAUUGCAUAUAUGAUAAAUUCGUUAAAGCAAGAGAAGAAGUCGUUGAUUACAGGACAAAUAUCAGUGGUAUUAGAAAAGAGGAUCUGUUAAACGGUGAAGACUUUACUGUAGUUCAAAAAGAGGUGGCAGAUAUUAUAAAAGGAAAAGUUCUUGUAGGUCAUUCAUUGAAAAAUGAUUUAGGUGUACUAUUUUUGUCUCAUCCUAAACGAAAUAUAAGGGACACAUCCAGAUAUAAACCUUUUAGAAAGAUAACCAAAGGAAGUACACCAUCUUUAAAAAGAUUAGCAAAGGAAAUACUAAACAUUGAGAUACAGCACGGAGAACACAGUUCAAUAGAAGAUGCGAAGGCAGCAAUGCAAUUGUAUUGUACGGUAGCUAAAAAUUGGGAACAAAUUUUAAGUGAAAAGAAAGGUUAUAGUAAAAAAUUUGUUGAAAGU